AUGCAAGACUUAGUGAAAAGUGAAGGUGCAGGGAGAGUGGGGCUGCUCCGCGGGGAAGAAGCUGCAAGGAAGAAGAGCAAGGCAGAGGGAGCUAGGGCUGGAAAGUGGAGGUAUUUGCAUUGCAAGGUUGCUAGCAUGGCAGAUGAUAAAAGGCUAGGAGAAGGUGUUAGGAAGUUAUUAGAGUUUUGCAACGAGGUUGUUGGACAAGUCUUAUGUAGUUUUAGGUUGUUUUUGGUCGAUAUCUUGGUUCUUAGAAUUUAA